AUGUUGACAUAUAUUUUACAAGCUAAAGCUGAACUUCACAAUGUUGCCAGGGUGCAACCGGUUGAUGACGAGUCUUAUCCCCAUGAUUACAAGUUCAAGUUUCAAUGCAAUGGAUGCAAAACGAUUCAUCCGAAUCCAGUGCAAAUAAACCGGUUUGAAAGUUUUCAAGUAACGGGGUUUCGUCGAUUAGCCAAUGUAUUGAUCAGGUGCAAAUCAUGCCAAAGAGAGCGGUACGCCAUUAUUUCAAAGAUUGGUAAAGCGUGCAUUCAAGAUGAAGCUACUUUUGGUGCUGGUGUUGUGGAUGAAUAUUGUGAUAUUUUAAAGAUUCAUACCCAUGGAAUGAGGAUCUUGGAAUUCGUGGCUGAUGAUCAAUUCGAGUGUGUUACAACUGCUGGAAAUUUAAUUCAAGGCAUAGGGUUGUUGGAUGGGGAGUGGGAAGAGAUUGAUGAAGAAGGAAAUGAAUUGAAGGUUUUGAACGUUGAUUGGAAUUUGAAACUUGUUUCUGAAAAAGAUCCAAAGUACAAGUAA